CACUUCCAGCAACAACAGCGCACGUCAGCGCUGCCCGGGCAGCAGUCGGGGCGGCGGCGGCGGCGGGCUCGGCCUCCUGCCGCGGCUCCUUCCCUGGGGCUGUCCGCCCGUCCGCGCCGCCAGGCCCGCGCAGCCCCUCCCGCCCGGCGCGGCCCUCGCACGGAGGCGGGCCGGGCUCGUCGCGGCGGCGGUUGGAGCCGAGCUGGCACAGGCUCGCAGAUGGGUCAGGGACUCUGGAGAAUUGCUAGAAACCAGCAAUUGCAACAGCAAGGAUACAGUGGACAAGGCUAUCUUACCAGAGAGCAUGGUAGGAGGAUACCUGCUAACAAUGUUUCCAGUACAAGCCACCGCAAGCAAGCCCAAGGAGGCAUUGACAUUUACCACCUGCUGAAGACAAGAAAAUCUAAAGAACAAGGAUUCAUUAACUUGGAAAUGUUGCCACCAGAGCUUAGUUUUACCAUUUUGUCAUACCUGAAUGCAACUGAUCUCUGUCUAGCAUCAUGUGUCUGGCAGGAUCUUGCUAAUGAUGAGCUCCUCUGGCAAGGGUUGUGCAAAUCCACUUGGGGUCACUGUUCUAUAUACAAUAAGAAUCCGCCUCUAGGAUUUUCUUUUAGAAAAUUGUAUAUGCAGCUAGAUGAGGGCAGUCUCACCUUUAAUGCCAACCCUGAUGAGGGAGUCAACUACUUUAUGUCCAAAGGCAUACUAGAUGAUUCACCGAAAGAAAUAGCUAAGUUUAUCUUUUGCACAAGAACACUGAAUUGGAAGAAGCUGAGAAUCUACCUUGAUGAAAGAAGAGAUGUUUUGGAUGACCUUGUGACGCUGCACAACUUCAGAAAUCAGUUUUUGCCAAAUGCACUGAGAGAGUUCUUCAGACACAUUCACGCUCCUGAGGAGCGUGGGGAGUACCUUGAAACUCUCAUAACAAAGUUCUCUCACAGAUUCUGUGCUUGUAAUCCUGAUUUAAUGAGAGAGCUUGGCCUUAGCCCUGAUGCAGUGUAUGUACUGUGUUACUCUUUGAUUCUACUUUCGAUUGAUCUAACGAGCCCUCACGUGAAGAACAAAAUGUCAAAGAGGGAAUUCAUCCGGAAUACGCGACGAGCUGCACAGAACAUUAGUGAAGAUUUUGUAGGGCACCUUUAUGACAACAUCUACCUUAUUGGCCAUGUGGCUGCUUAAAAGCACAAUUUGCUAGCACUUAAAAUUUGUAAUUUUCAAAAACUACAUCAAUUCAAGAUAUUAAUUAUUUUGUAGAGAUGGGGGUUAUUUUAGUGCUGGUCAUUCUAACCUCUGUAUGCAAUCAAAGUUUGUGUGUGUAAAUGUGUGUAUGUGUAAACUACCUUUUCUAUCUAUUUACUGUGGGAACAGAAGGAUUUUUUUUUCAUAAUUUUUUUUUAGUUUUGCACAAAACAAUGCCAUUAGUCUGACACAGCCAUUUAUGAAUGUUAAACUGACAUUACAGCCUAAGCUGAAAACGUGGUGUAUUUGUGCAUUAGAUCUGCUUGAAACUUUAAUAAGUUCAUUCUUUUUAGAAUACCAUGUAAUGUGUAUAUAUUUAACUAAAGAGAUUUAUAAUCAUAAUUAUUUUAUUGUAAAGUAUUUUAACUAAAAUUUCUCCUUUUAUCUCUUAAAUUAGUGUUUGACUUUCGUUUGCAUUUUUUUACAAUGCUGACUACCUCAGAUACUUAAGUUAGAGGAACAUUGGUCUGAAUACUACAAUAAAGUUUAUUCUAGGAGAUGAUAGAACACUUGUAAAUUAUCUAAGCUGGUAUUUUAUACUAUAUUUAUUAACUUGAAUUAGCAUGUUGCCAAUCUGCUAUUCACUCAAUUUUAAAUAUAACAGGCUCUAUUUUAGAUGAGCCCUGAUGCCAUACAAGGGUAGCCAGGGGAAAUCAUGCAGUGUACAGACAGGUUUAUGUUAUUUACAUACAUAACCUAUUUUGCAGUACUAGUUUUUGGGGACAGGGCAGCUACAAUCAUCUAUUCAGUGCAGUAAGCAAGAAAAAGUCUGGACAGGGAAAGUGGUAAGAGUGAAUAAAGUGCUGCUUUCAACUGGUUCCCUCAGUCUAGAAGUGUCAAUGAUGGAAAUGCCUUGGCAAAUGUAUACCAGAUGACUCGUUGCUAAAGCUGUUAAAAACUGACGGUGCAAGAUUAGAGCAGUGACUGUGCAGGAUUGGAGAACUGAAUAAAUUCAGAUUCAGAUACUGAAUUACUUUCUAAAUUGGAUUUUAAGCAGCUCUAAAUUUAUGGAAAUACUUCUAAAAUUACUUGGUUAGGUUUUGUCUUGACAUUUUCUGAAGUGUGGAGAGUAUUAGCAGUGGAACUGCUGUGCAUGUGCAGCAAUUGAAUAAGGAUUUGACUAGUUUUCGUUCAGACAACUCACAGAGCAGUGCUUUUCUUAAGUUGACAUAACAUGUAGUUGAAGUAAGAGCUGUUCCUGAUUGUUUACAUAAUAUUCAGCUAUCAGUAGCAUCUAGAUACAUCAUGGUAACAACUACAUUUAUUCUUUUUCCCUACCGUACCAUGAGGUGAGGUGGGAAGGUAUUCAUAAUCUGUAAAACAGAACUAAUCUGAGCUUUUAUGUAGAAAGCCUAUUGCAGAGCCAAGAAUUCAAUUCAGGAAUGACCCCUCACACCAUGCACUUUGCCUAUGCUGCUGCUGGCACCUAGGGAGUGUUAUGUUUGUUUUGGGUGUGAGGACAGUCCGUACAAGGACUACAUAAAUCAUGGGAAGAUAAAGUUGUAGCUAUCAUUGCUAUUUCAAGUGUUAAUAACUCUGCUCCACAAACCGAAAUGCAUGCAGAAAAGGUACUUUUUUAUGACAUUACCUUUAAUCAAGUGUAGAUGCCAUUGCAUUUAUGUAGCAUACAGAGCCAAAGCCAGGAGCCAGCAGUACUUCAGCCUUGUUCAGGCAGGUUUACAGUAUCACCUGCCUUGCUCAGGAUAACUACUCUUCACCCAGUGUUGUUUCAUUUAUUGCAGAAAGCCAAGGAUGUGUUCUGCAGUGGUCAAUUAAUCUCAAACACAAAUUAAGAAUUCAUGGUACUGUGGGGAGCUUUGUUUAAGGCACAGGUAUCUACUUCUGUAUGAUAGGAAAAAAAAUUGAAAAACUUAUAAUUUAUAAAACUAACAAUAAAGAACAAGUGUCUCUGGGCUCUUUAAAGUGGUCUGAAGUGAAGAGAGGAGAAUAUAGUUUUCUAAGAAACACUCCUCAAAGGUUAUUCACUUUAAAAGAAUAAUUCAGUGAAUUUUGAAAUUAGAACUUUUCUUGUUAGAAAGUAUUUUCUCCUCAAACCACAAAUGCAGAGCAAGGCUUAAUUCUGUUCUGACUUAUACUUAGGUUGACAUUAGUGAUACUAAUGUUGAUUUUGCACUAGUAAGAGAGUAUGAAUUGUUAGUCUGCAUUUCUCUUAAUUUCCAGUUACCCUGAUACAGAGCAAAGCCUUCAGGCUGACAGAACAUGUUUUUACUGGAAUAGAUGAGUACAUCUAUUAGCAAGAUUUAGAAAACUUGGGCCAGUGUAGCAGCCAAGGAGAUAAAUUAGAAACAGAAUAAUACAAUUCAAGUUUCCAUAAGACAAGUCCAGGGGAAAGGAAAACAAAACCCUAAUGACAUGCAGAUAACAGCAUCUGAUCUUCACAACAGGAUUUUGAACAAUGUUAGAGGAUUAGUGCCCAGCUCAUGUUAUGUUGCUAACACAGAGUGGAACAGAAAACAGCAAACACAGCAUGCCAAGAGUGAAUUCCCUCAGAGGCAACCACAAAACAACUAAUUAAUACAAACAUUUCUUCUGUCCUUUUUCCAGCUUGAGUCAAGCUCUAAAGUGGCUGAGAAGUAAUUUUUUGCAUUUUAGCAAUCUAGACUUUACAUGGAGUUAAACAUUUUUCUGUCUUAAAAGGAAAAAAAAAGUCUUAAUCAGGUGUAAUAAUACUCUUAAAAAAUGAAAAAAUAGUCUUGGUUGUCCUCCAAAACUUUAAAAAACAAAGUUUUGGGCAGUGUUUUCUUCAAUGCACUUGGUGUUUCCACGCACAUUUUAAAAUAAUAGUGCUUCAUUGAUCCAGGUGUCACUAAAUGAUGUGAUGUGGAAAUAGCUACUUGAUCAAGCACUUAGGUAGACGAUCUCAAGCCGAAUUACAUGAGCAUGAUUAUACUUAUAACUGCAAAGUAAUUCCCAAGCUGUUGUGAUUCCACCACUGCAUGUCCUUUGAACUUUGGCCAUGUGGUGUUGCCUUAACUCUUAAGUAUGCACUGUACAUAGCACUGAGGGAAGAAGUGAGCCUGCAGCCCAUCCCCCUGCAAACACUCACUGUUCUGUCCUAAAAGACACUGGAAGUGUUCUGAAUGGUCAUUUCUGAAAGUUUGGUAACUUCAGUAUACGCAAAUAUGAUAAAGACUUUUCUGUUCAUGUUGGGAAAAUGAGUGUACCUGUGUCCAUGUAAAGUGUCACACAAAUGCAGCUCAUGUUUGCUUUGAUUAAAGUCUGAGACUCUGAUUGCUUUUAUUGAAAGAAUAUGGCAUAUAUUAGAUAUUCACAUGGCUUAGCUGUAGAUAGCAUCUGAUAUUAUCUGUUUUCUCAAAUUAUUUCUGUCUAGAAUACUUUCCAUUCAAACUCUAAACAACACAUUUAUACAGUUCUGACUUUUUAAAAUAAAUCAAAACUGCUGCAACAUACAGAAGCCCAAACAAAUACAAGUUUGAGACAUGUUUGUUGAUUUUGAAGCAAGUGAGAAAUUUGCAUUCAGGAAAAAAAAAAUCCAAUUUUUUUCUCUUUAACCUUUCCUUCCACUCCCCACACUGGAAAAAGAAAAAAUGUAAACAGUUUCAAAAUACAGCUUUAAGAAAAUAAACUGACUAGCUGGACAAAUACAUGUUGCUAUUCUUCUUCAGUAUUCUGCAUUUUAUUAAUUUUCUUGACAUAAAUUUAUCAACAGUAAUUGCUCUCUUUUGAAGUGGUAAUAUUUUUGUUCUCUUUGUAAGGAUAUCAUUGUGCAAUCUGAUAUUGUUGAUAGCUCUACUUUUAGAAAACAAGUAUUAUUUUAAGCACUUAAACAAAAUUGAGGUAUACCUACUUGAUCAUGUUAAAAUGUCAAAAUUAUAAAAAGUAUUUGGGAAAAUCAGAUUUACUUGCCCUCUAUUGAAUUAGGAUUUUUUUUUUCUUUUCAAAAAUUUCAUGGAUGUAUUAAAACUAAUAAAUAUUAAGGCUGAUGACUUGUUCUCUGCCAUUGUAAAGUCUCCCACUCUAAGCUCAAAAUGGACAGCAAACAGAUAUAAAAUAUUACCUGUGUCUCACAUCAGCACAUUAUGGUUUCAUUUUGCUUUAAAGAGAAAUACAAACUUUUAUAAUCAUCAUGUAAUAAUGACUUUAGUAAGAAAAAAAAUUAUGUGAUAAUCUAAAAUUAUUUAUGAGAUGUUUAAAGUUUAGACUUGCCAUGUGUAAUUAAAUCAUAAUCAUCAAAUAGCUAGGAGUAGUUACAGAAGUGUGUCUGUAGAAAACCUAGAGAGAGAUCACAUUGCUCCUUUGUCACAUCAGUGUUUUUGCUAAUACUAAUGUUAGUAAAUUUGCAGUUUUCCUUUCUUAUUUAUAUAAAUAUGCUUAGAGAAAAUAUUUAAAUGGAGUACUUCCAUUUCCUAUGUGAAAUUUACUUGCAUUAAAAACAAACUUUAUGUACUUAAAAUACUAGAAAAGCAAAAAAACUUCAUUGAUAGAAAAAAGAGGCUCCUAAUUUUCAGUUGUGUGGUUCACUCAGAGACCCUAACAGAAAAAACAAGCAAAAAGCACUUUUCAGAUUCCUAGCAAUCAAAAAAAAUGCAUUUUUAAGCUUAAAAAUAGUGUAUGUGUACCUAACAGAAAUCAAGCAUGUUUUUGUGAAAGCAAUAUGGUCAGGAUACCAGUUAUUUUCAGAGAGAGUAUUCAUUUGUAAAAGUUAGCUUUCUUCUUGGCAGUGUUGGAGUGGAAUGUUGGAUUUAAUUUAAAAUGAUUAAUGGGAUUUUGUCAGACUCCCUGCCUUUACCACCACUGCAGUUUGUCAGCACAACAACCUGGGAAACCCGGACGCCGCUCUGUCGCCCAAAACUGCUUUCCAGGAAAAAAUAAACCCGAGUAACCAGUGCCAGGUACAUGUCGAUGGUAUUGUCUUUCAGCUGUUGAAAGUUUAACUCUAAGCUGGGACAUUUACACGUUCUGAGGAAGUGAACCUCAUUUGUUAUUUCAAAUUUUGACAGUGGAUACCAGUGUAAACUUAAAUUUUUAGAGCAAGGAUAGAUAUUUUUUUAACCUUAUGGAAAAUCCUAUAAUCCAUGCAGAAGAGAAAUACUUUAAAAGGGAAAAAAUAUGCACCAAAGCUGAUUUAGCUAAGAUUUUCUGGAGAAAGACCAUCUAUUCAAUCUGUAUAUUGUAUUCUGUUAGGAGGAGCUCAACCUUUGAGCACUAUGCAUGCCAGUAGCUUGCUGAGUGGCAAGGAAUGUUCUGUUGAACUUGAUGCAGAUGCAUCAAUGUGUAUGCCAAGAGCCAAAAUCUGACAAGUUUGCAAUACUUCUUACAUAUGACCAUAAUAUAAGCAAGUGAGUAACUCUUUUGAAAUGUAAGGUUGAUAUUGAAAAUUAUUUACAAUUUGUCUUCUUUGAUUUCCUUAUGGAAGAUUGUUUUGUUGGUCUACAGUUUGAGCAUUGUGUUUUCUUACAUAUGAAAUACUCAAAAAUCAGAAAGAUUAUUUCAAUUUCAAAAACAGCCUUUCCCUUCUGAGAAAACAUGCCUGCCUGUGCUGUGCAAGUCCUCCUGCAGCCACACAAUGCUGUAUCAAAAAACUGACCUUGCAUUCACUCCUGUGGACCCCUUUAGACACCAGUUCUAUACGUUAAAUGAGCAGGCAAAAAAAUCCUGCAGGCUUCACAGAGAUGUAGGUGGUGAAAAAGAGUUUGUACUGCUCUGCUGCACCAGGCAGAAUGUACUCUUUUAUGGGGCAUGAUGGCACAUGUAUUCUUUGCAUUACUUUUAUCUUAGCUAUUUUUAUGUGUUAAAAAAAAGUAUUUUCACAACUGCAGUUUCCCUGUCUUCGUAUCUAGAAUUCAGGCUAAUUUCCAUAAUUACAUGUAUCACAACUGAACUGAAAUAUAUUUUUAUAACAGAA